AUGAACUACAGAGUCACCCCUGACCCCGGGCCCCUGACCCCGAGCAUCACCCCUGGGCCCCUCACCCCGGGCAUCACCCCCGGGCCCCUGCCCCGCCUCCGACUCCAGUCCAGUGGCUCCACUCCGGGCUCCCGUGGCUCCGCUCCACUCGCUGACUCCAGUCCGGAAUUCGCGGGCUGCCGGCGGCGGUGGCUAAUGCUAAGGCUACGCGGAUCCGUGAAUGCCCGUGACGGUCCCCGCGUGUGGGCCGCUUCUCCCCCGCUCCAGCCCCGCACCAGCACCGCCCCGCUCCCCGCAGAGCCGCGUUUAGCCCGCACGGCUCCGGAGAACCGCGCAGCUCGACCCGCCGCACUCAGCUCAUCCAAAAUGGCGGACACGGAGGAUGACAGCGGUUCGACCAGAACAAUACCAGCCACCGAACCGCUCCAGAACCCGGCCGAACCCAGCGCCGGGCCCGGGAAAGACGCUCCGGCAGCGGACCCGGCCCCCGAGCCCGAGGACAGAGCUCCGACCACCCGAGAGAGCGCAGAACCCGGCCACGGCGGCACCGCGGAGGAACCGCCAGCUCAGCCCGCUCCGCAGAGCUCCGAGCCCGGGGACGGUUCGGAGGCAGUGGCCGCUGUGCCCGACGCUCAGCCCGGAGAGAGCUUCCAGGUGCUGUCGGUUCCAGAUCAGACCCUCCAGUCCGCGGAUCAGAACCAGACCAUCACAGUGCUGGACUCUGGGGAGCUGCUCCUGGGGUCGGAGUUCGCCAACACCACCAUCCUGUACGUCCAAUCAGACGGCAGCCUGGUGGAGGGGGCGGGGCUGACGGCGGAGGAGCAGCGACUCAUCCUGGAACAGCUCUCCAAGCAGACCGUGGUACAGGCUUCUGGUGUCCUGGAGACUCAGAUCUCUGCAGAUGUUCCUCACGCUCGUCUCUUCUCCUCAGGUCUCAGAUCAGGAGGCUGCAGCUUUACUCCAGGGAGCUGUGGUCCAGAGCCCGGUCCAGACCGAGACCAGGUCCAGACCCAGGUCCAGACCCAGGUCCAGACCCAGGUCCAGACCCAAGUCUUAACCACAGCCACCACGGGACCGCCUCAGGUCCAAAACCAAGUCCAGACCCAGAGCUCUGUACUGGACCCGGGUCAACUGCAGCAGGUCCUCAGCCAGGUGUCCAAGGCCCAGGUCCAGUCGGGUCCGGUUCAGAUCCAGGUGGUUUCUCAGAGUGGACUGAGCGGAGCGUCACAGCAGCUGAAGACUGUGGCUCAGCAUGUGGCCAAACAAACCCCCAAACCCGCCCUGCUUCAGACCCAGACUAAACCAGGACUAACCCAGACUAAACCAGUACUCACCCAGGUCAGACCAGUACUCACCCAGACUAAACCCGGUCUAACUCAGACCAAACAGGUCCAGAUCCAGACCAUCAGCCCCAAACCUGCAGUCACCAAAACUCUGAGCCCCCAGAGUGUCCUCCAGAAGAGCAGUCCAGUCACUCAGGUCACUCAGGUCACUCCAGUCACUCCAGUCACGCCAGUGCAGCUGCUGCAGAAGAAGCCGGAGCCGGUCCGGAUCCAGAUCCAGGUCCCGUCCAAAGGGGACCCGUCUGCGCAGGCGUCCAGGCCGCAGCUGCUCACGCUGCAGUCGGUGGUGGGGCAGUCGGUGGUGGGGGGCCAGUCAGGUCCCAUCUUCCUCCAGCAGAGUCCCAUGGAGCCUCUGCAGCUUCUGGUCCCCGUGGUCUCCCCCAAAACCUCGUCCCCCAUCAGAGUCCAGGUCCAAACCCCUCCCAGACCCACCAUCAAGGUCCAGAGUCCCGCUCGGACCACCAUCACCACCAUCACCCCUGCGACCGGCACCACCAUCACCGCCAAGACCGCGCCCAAACCCCUGACGGGCCCCGCCCCCCUGGUCAGGGUCCAGGCGCCCGUAAAGACCGCCCCCUCCCUCAGCUCGUCAAACGCCGCCAAAACCCUCAUCACCAAAACCACGGUCCAGAACUCUGCUCCCAAAAGCCCCAGUGUGAACCAGAACUCUGCCCUCAAACCCACCUCGACCCCCAAACCCGACCCCGAGUCCAGACCCGAAUCCAGACCAGAGACCAAACCUGACACCCGACCAGACCAGAACCCCACAGACCACGAGCCCAAACCCAAAAAGCUCAAGAAGAAAGAGAAGAAGGCCAUCAAAAUCCAGACCAGGUCCGGACGAGUCUCCAGACCUCCCAAGUACAAGGCGAAGGAUUAUAAGUUCAUAAAGACAGAGGACCUGGCGGACUCGCACCAGUCGGACUCGGACGAUUAUUCGGACAUGAGCGAGGAGGAGGAGGCUCGUGCCGCGGCCCCGCCCCCCUCGGGCCCCGCACCCUCGGGCCCCGCCCCCUCGGAGGACUCGGACUCGGUGGUCUGGUACAGCCUCAAGUCCAGGUCCUUCCAGUGCCAGAGCUGCGACAAGGCCUACAUCGGCGUGGGAGGACUCAACCGCCACUACAGACUGAACCCGUCUCAUGGAGACCCCAUCACACCUGAGGACACAGGUGAGAAGGCUCCGCCCACAGGAGACAACGGCCAAUCAGAGGAGCCCAAGGCCUCGGGAGACAAAGACAACGGCCAAUCACAGCGGCCCAAAGCCUCGUCGCCGGGCGGAGACGACAGUGAAGACGACGAGGAUGAAGAGGAGGACGAAGACGAGGAGGAAGAAGAGGAGGAAGCCCCGCCCGUCAGAGGUCCAGGGCGACCCCGGGGGCGUGGCCGAGGCCGCGGGAGAGGGAGGGGCCGUGGGCGGGGCCGAGGAUUUGCCAUCAGUAAGGUGUCAGGUGUGGGUCGGGGCCGUAGGGGGCGCCCUCCUAAACUGAGCUACAGUGCAGAAGAAGAAGCCGACCGCAGGAAAGACCGCCUCCAAGAGGUGGUGGACCAGUGUGAGGACGAGGACCUCAUGGACAUCGUUCUUCCUCGUUUGUCUAAAGUGAUGAGUCUGUGGGAGCUGCUGCUCGCAAAGGUGGAGCGUUGUGGUUCUCGUCCGUCGUUUCCUGACAUUUAUCGGGAGUUUGAGUCUCUCCAGACUCAGGUCCGACAGGCGGCUCAAGAUUACAUCACCAACCUCCCUGCACCUGCCGCACCUGCCGCUGCCGCACCUGCCGGCGGACCCAACGCCUCUGCACCUGCCAGUGCACCUGCCAGUGCACCUGCCAUUGCACCCCUGGAAGUCCGGAACAUCGAGGUGGCUCGGUGUCUCGGGAUCUUGGACGAGGUGAACCGGAUGAAGGUUCUGCCCGGAACCUCCAAGAACGUGCGCUACAUGGAGAACUCGAAGAUGCUUCCACCGUCCAAACGUUUUAAGAUGGAAAACAGCGUCGCCGCCGUGCACCAGAACGGACUCGAGUCUCCAAAGACGGAUCCUGUGAGUCCUCUGAAGACCUCAGUCCCAGUGAGUCCUGUGCCACUGGAGCCCCGCCCCCCGGCACCAGAGCCCAGCGCGAUGGAGGUGGACGUUCUCUUGUCCAAUCAGGAGGCAGAUCCCAGUGACAUCACGGCGCAGAUGAACGAACUGGAGGAAGCUCUGAAGUCCCCGCCCCCUUCUACAGAAGCGCCCUCUGGCCCCGCCCCUCCCGCGUCAAACCCCCCGCCUCAGACACGCCCACGACACAAGCCCCGCCUCCAGCGCCGUGUGAGGUCACCACACACCGGGUCCCGCCCCCUCUACAGACCCCGUGAUUUUCAGGGGGUUUUCAGGGGUUUUGUUGUCGGGCCUCGUCCUGACUCGUCCUGA